CGACACGUUCGGUGUAACAGAAGUGCGGUUAUGUUUAUUGUUUUUGUUUACCUACAGUAAACAGCACUCUUGUGUAGUUAAUAAAUAGGUAUUCAACAAAAGACUUCAAAAGACCCAACGUUAUAUUAUUUCCUUCUUAUCCUGUAACGUUUUAUUGCUAUAAAAGGACGGAUAAAAUAUAAAUCAUGAGUUUCAAAAUGUUGAGUGGCGAUGCAAUUCCCCUGUUGGGCUUUGGAACUUACAUGGUAGAUGGUUUUCAGCAAACUAAAGAUGUUAUGGACCAUGCUCUCACUGUUGGUUAUAGGCUGUUUGAUACAGCAAAAAUGUAUGGAAACGAAAAGGACAUUGGGAAAGCCUUAAAAGUACUGUUACCCAAGCACAAUUUAUCAAGGAAGGAUGUUUUCAUUACUACAAAACUUCUUCCCAGUGACCAUGGAAAAAAGGCUUAUGAAGCCAUAAAAGAAUCCCUCGACAAACUGGAUUGUGAAUACAUAGAUCUUUACCUAAUUCACUGGCCAGGAUCUUAUGGAGCUUCCUCGAAAAAAUUGCCCGCUUUAAGAGCAGAAAGUUGGAAACGAAUGGUUGAAGCCCAAAGAGAAGGAUUAGUGAAGAACAUUGGCGUGUCUAAUUACACUGUUAAACAUCUAAAAGAGUUAUUUGAUAAUUCAGAGGGUGUUUUUCCAGCUGUAAAUCAAAUUGAAUGGCACCCAUAUUACCACCCCUACGACAUUUUCGAAUUUUGCAAGGAACAUAAAAUUUUGGUACAAGCCUAUAUGCCUUUAGGCUCUGGAAGUAGGGACUUACUCAAUGAUUCAGACGUUACGAAGAUUGCUAAACAGUUGGGAAAAACCAAUGCUCAGGUCAUACUGAAAUGGUCACUUCAACAAGGAGUUGGUGUUAUUCCAAAAGCAGCCAGUCAAUCACACAUGGAAGAAAAUUUCAAACUCGAUUUUACCCUACCUGAUGAUGCUAUGUCUUCAUUGAGCAACUUGAAAAAACGUCAAAAGUUUGAUUGGGAUCCAGAGUCACUGGAGUAAUGUGCAUUCCAUAUAGCUUUGAGGAGAUAACUGAAUAUGAUAAUUAUUAUCAUUAUAUAAAAUCCAUAAAAGAGCAAAACAAUAAGUUUAUAAAUAAAAUCGUUUAUUUUAUCAAAAUAAAAAUGUACAAAUGCGCUAUGUUCAUAUACAUAAGUAAAAACAUAUAAAAUUAGGCAAAAAAGCUGGAUAACUCAACAUAAAAAAGUAGUAAGCAAAAAUUAGUUGACAACGCAAAAAAAGUAAUAAUACCGUUUUUUACAAGCUGUCAUUAUAAUACAAUAAUGAUCUUUGGCAAAGAGACAUUCUAUAACAUUAUAUUUUUUGCUCUUAGUAGAUAUGCAUAUCUUUUAACAAUAACCAGCUCACUAAAGGAUUCCCUAAAUUAUUUUAGUCACAAUAACUAUGCAAAGAUUUUCAUAUCAUUUUUAAAAAUAUCUUGCCUUAAUAUUAAAUGAAAAUUAAAAAUGGAUAAUGAAAUCUAGUAAGAUUCUUGUGUAUAAUGUCUCCAAAUUGCGCAAGUGAAGUAAAACAUCUAGCGCAACGCAAUAGUGUCCAGUAGCCGGACAUAUCUAAGCUUCUAUCCUAGUCGGUGCAUAAUUAUUCAGUAGAUUUCCUAUGAAAUUAAAAUAUUAUCAAUAAAUUAAAAUUAGAAAAGCAAUGGGUUUAGAAGCAAAAUAUGAGGACGAAAAUAUAUUACCUACAAACAUUUUUUAAAUGAACAAGCAAACGUUUAUUGAAAUUAUUUUUAUUUUAUCAACAACAGAAAGGCAUGCCCUAUUUGUAGUCUCAGAUUCCACUGAAAGUUUCAUAUGGUCGUCAGGUGUCAGGUUGUAGUUUUCAUUUGUUCAACUCCGCGUUUGUAACAAAACUGGCAGUUCCUCAUUUGUCUAGGGGUAAAUCUAGCAAAUCGUGCAAAGAGUUCAGGAAGCUCCACUUUAUAUUAUUAAGUAUUUUGUGUAUUGUUAACGCAAAAGAAACAAAGAAAGACAUGUCCUUUUUAGAAGAAACACGUAUGAUAAUAAUAAUUAUAACUAAUAAAUUGUAGAUUAAGUGUUACUCUCAGGUGAACUUUUUUAGAUGAAUCCAAAAAUUAAACCGAAAGAAGGAGGCACGAUUUACAUUGAAAAUAGGCCCCCGUAAAUUUCAACCAAAUUUCAAUAUUUUAAAGGUAUCAUCAUUGCAAAAAAAAAAUUGAAAUGUAAAGAGGAUCGUAUGUCUGUGAUAGCAGAUAUAGCUUGUCAAAGUACGUAGGUCCUGCUAUGCUAUACAUAUAGGAAAUAUCCGAGGAAAUAUUUCUACGUAGAUUUUCUUGAAUAUUUUGAAAAAUACUAAUCCAAUUUUGACGGUUUUGGGGUCCUUUUGUAGGUAUCAAAUUCCAAAAACGUCAACGGAUUAGUAUUUUUCGAGAUAUUCAAGAAAGUCUACGUAGAAAUAUUUCCUAGGAUAUUUCCUAUGCAUACCAUAUCAGGACCUACGUACUUUGACAAGCUAUCUCUGCUAUCACAGACAUACGAUCCUUUUUACAUUUCAAUUUUUUUUUUGCAAUGAUGAUACCUCUAAAAUAUUGAAAUUUGGUUGAAUUUUACGGGGGCCUAUUUUCAAUGUAAAUCGUGCCUCCUUCUGUGAUAAAUAUGAGAGUUGAAAGCAGUUGGUGCAACAAUUUCUUCAAAUAAUCACAGCAGCAUAGAACAAACACCAAAGAUAAUUUACAAGUAGAGCAUAAAAAAAUAUAGGUUACCUAAAAUCUACUUUAUAAUCCUGGUGUGAUCAGGGACUGCCUAGCCAAGGAUAACAUUAGUUAGGACUUGAAAAAUGUGAGCCAUAACAAUAACGGGUCUUCAAAAAAAAAUUCAUAUUAAAGAUGGCUAUUGAUUUUUCAUUUUAAACGUAUGUCUUGAUUAAUAUUUUUCUUCAAUUUUGUAAUGUCAUGUCAAAAAUCCUGACCAAUAAUGCGACGUACCAUCGUCACCAAAACCCUCUUCGAUUUAGUUUUUUUUUUUUUGAAGGCCGGUUAUCUCCUACUAACCCAAUGACCCAAGUAUUCGAGUAGACACGAAGAACUUUUAUUGCAGAACUAUAGUUAUUGGGCUUCUUUUUUGACAUUCAUAUUUUUCAUUACAACCUGACGACCUUAAAAAACUUGCAUUUUUAUUGUUUGUGGGAAUUUAUAGAUAAAAAAGGUUUGUUUGUUUGUGUCGCACUAACUUGAGCUGAGCUGUAAUAUUAAUUCAGAUUAUGGCAGAUAAUAACCAUAAUAACGUUUGUGAGUUCAUUGCCAUAACACAAACGAACGCCCCAAAGCAGAAAGUGCUGCUCCGAACAACACAAACAAACAAACCUAAAGAACAAAUCAGUGAAGAAACAAAAAAAAUAGAUUUACCAAACUUAGGCUAUGGUCCUAUUAUAACCAAACGUUAGCCAGAGUAAUCGAAUCAGUGAAAAUUGGUUAACUACUGAAAAUUCCGGAAACUAGGAAUUCAGAAAACUCGAGCUUCGGUCGCUGUUUAAAAAAAUACCUUAUAAUUUUUUUCUGUAUGGAAUAAAAAAUAAUUGACAGAUAAAACCAUUGGAACCGACAUCCGAUGGCCAGUAACUAUUUUGACAUUUGGUUAACCAGGUUUCAGGAAACCGUAGUCCAAAAGUAAACACUUUUCCACCAGAGUAAUUUGAUUACUUCCGGACCCCGGAAAACACAACCCUGGCUAUAUGUAUUGGGACCAUAGCCAUUCUGUUUUUAGGUUGAAGCACUCUACCAGCAACUAAUAAAGCAAAGAUUAUUGAAAAAUUCAUGCACCAGCGCAAUCAUGCAAAAUUAUAAUUAAAAUACACUAUCUUAUCAACAUGAAAGUAGUAAUAAAUAAUAUGAAAUUUUAAUGCAUACUUACUAAGGCAUUUGCACUUCUCACAUGUGAAAAAGUUAAAAUAUGAUGCCUAUUGACCAUUGAUUAGGAUUUAAAAAUUGUGGUUUAUCGAUUUGGUUUCUGAAUAUGUAUAGAUAAAUUCAACCUUGCUUUGACUUUUUACUAGCCUGCCCAUCUAGGAAUAUAGUAUAUUACAUACCGAUGUUGAAAGUGUUUCAUUACUCUCCACCAGAUUUUAGUUAGAUCGAGCCGCAGCCGAGGUUUAACUAAAAUCUCGAGACAGUAAUGAAACUUUUAACCAAGAUAUGUAUACCAUUUUGUUUACAAUCAUCCGAAUUUUGUAAUUUUUAUUUGAAUGAAAACUACAAAAAUACAAUAAAUUUUAACAAUUUCAUUUACUUUCGGCCCACGAGAGGAAAGUAAACUAUCAACCCGUGGGUCGAAAGUAAAAGUCAAAAAAUACAGUAAAUUUUAACAAUUUCAUUUACUUUCGGCCCACGGGAGGAAAGUAAACUUCCGACCCGUGGGGUGGAUAGUAAAAGUAAAAAAAGUGACAUUUUCACAAACUUUUUAAAAGUCAGAAAAGUCAACAUUACAUGAGUAUGAUUGUGAAUAAAAUGUAUUCCUGCAUUAAUAAACCAAGUCUUGUUAAGUAAUUCUGCAAGUUUCAUAAGAGAAUGUAUUUUUCUAUAUGAAAAAAGCCAUUGUCGAUAUUCUAUGGUUAAUGGCGAUGUUUGUUAGUAGAAAAUUGGGUAUUAAAUGACCAAGAAAAGAUAAGAGAGAAGUUACACAAACCUUGAAGAAAUAAAUUCAUCUUUCAAGCAGUAAGUUAUACGGACAAUUGUAAAACUACACCUAAAAAAAUAAAAGAAUUGCUCAUAUUAAAUUUUUUUAUUUUAUACCUUUAACAAAUGUCAUAGGAUUUGAUUUCCAAAAGUUACUCUAUUGUUUUUAACAUAACAACGUUAUCAUCAUUUUUAGCUUUUUUUUUAACUUUGGUCCUUUUUGAAAUAAACCGUUGGUAGACAUACCAAGACUGUUCCUAACCAAUCAAAAAAACUACUAUACUUUUUAUGAUAGGAUCAAAAUAAAUAUGUCUCUGGCAGUUUCAUAAAAAAAGAGAGUAGAUAAUUAUUUCAAUAUAACAUCAAAAAUAAUCAAAAUACAUGUGAUAUGCCUAGUCAGCACCUAGAUAGCAGUCCCGAGGGAUAUAAUAGUUUAUAUAAUACAGGGUGUUAAUAAAUAGUAGGAUCAAACUUCUAGGAUAAAUAGUACUCAUUAAAAUAAGAAAAAAGUUUAUAGAAACAUAAGUCCGCAAAUUGGACCAAUCACUUAACCUAUCUGCACAAGAUUUUAACAACUACUUUAUCAAUGUAGCCGCAGAUUUAAAAAAACAAAUAAAAAAUGAAAAUUUAAAUCCUAUAAAAAACUUAAAAAACAUAGCAUUAAAUAAUAAUCCUUUCUGCUUUGAAGAAGUCUCUUUUAACGAGGUCAGGGAGGUUAUUGAUCAGCUUAAAAACUAAAUGGUUAAAGAUAUACAGGGUGUCCCACUAAGGUCGGCCAGGUACGAUAUUAUGGAGACCAUAGACCUUACGUAACUUGAAAACGAAUGCAGAUAUUGAAUUGCGGUUUGCGCCAAAAUGUAGACAUUUUUUUGCUCUUUAAGCACAGCAAUACAAACAUAAUAUUAUGCCAUUUGGAGUUUUCAUGAACAUUAGAAAAAACUGGAUCUUGAAUAAACAGCGCCCUCUAGAAUAUGCGGUGGGAACUAUCGACCUCGAACGAACUGGUGUUCUUAAUAACAAUGAAAUUCUCUUUCAAAUAAACCCAAAUUGAAUGAGUUUUAAUGAGGGGUAUGGAAUAUACAGCAAUUCCUAAAAAAAAAAAAUUCACCAGCUUCCCCCACCCUUAUUACUGAAGAUACGAAAAAAAGCCUAAUAACCAAAGUGGUGCAACAAUUAAUGAACUUUUGAUUUCUGUUAUAGCGAUUUCUUGAGAAAAAUUGAAUUUUUAGCUAUAUCAUCGUAAUUGCGCCCCCUAGCGGUCAUCCUAGAAACUUGAAAAUAAUUUUCAUCAAUUUCUCUUGGCCGAUUUAGUGAAGAAAAAAAAAUCCCGAAGCCGUAAGGUCUAUGGUUUCCAUAAUAUCGUACCUGGCCGACCUUAGUGGGACACCUGGUACAUAUACAAUCUAAUCAUAACAAUAAUGAAAGGGGUAAAAAAUUUACUACCUAUAUGCCUCUAACAAAAGUGAUCAAUCUGUGUAUUAGGGAGAACAUAUUUCCUGACUAUGUCUUAAAAUUACAAAAGUUGUACAAAAAAGGGGAUGCCAAUGACCCAAGCAACUACAGACCCAUUUCAUCUUUAAUACCCAUUACUACCAAAAAUAUAUGAGAAAUGCUUAGCAAAACAAACUACCUUGAACAAAACAACAUUCUUAGUCCUGGUCAGUUUAGGUUUAGGGAGGGUAAAAACACAGCACUAGCAAUUUUGAAACUUGUUGAAAAUAUCAUGGAGGGUUUUGAGAAGUCACAACACACAGUGUCUGUUGCUGUUUACAAAAUGCAUCAAAUUGCUCUUUCACAAUCAAGAUCUAUGAUAAUUAAUGGAUGCAGAUUAUUUGAAUGUGUACAAUACCUAUGUUAAAUAAAAAACGCAUAUUUUCUUUGUGCCCUACUUUGGUUUUAGAAAAAAUUUUGAUCCUCACUCAUGCAUAAAGUAUAUUUCCCGCCAUUGACUGUUUACUUUAACUCCGCUCCGCGUCGUUCGGGUAAACGGCAGUCGCGUGCGGGAAAGUUUAACUUUCUGCACUUGUUAGGAUAACAACUUUUUUUCUUAUUUUAAUGAGUACCUACUAUUUAGCCUAGAAGUUUUGAUCCCACUAUUCAUUAACACCCUGUAUACAUACUAACAGAACAUCGCAUGGCACUGCAGUUAGUGGAAUACUGCAGGACUCUACAGACUAUUUGAAUAACAAAACUAUUAUACAUAACCUGAUCUUAAUACAAAUUAUAUUUUUUUCAGACCUUUCAAAAGUUGCAAAUAGGUACCUAAUUAUACUGCCAAUAAUCGCAACAACUGGAUUCGUUAUAUGAAAAAUAAUGAAAUUUGUAAUUUCUGUUAAGACAAAGUUUGGCAUCUGCCAGUAACUGAGUAAAAAUAAACAAGAAACAAUAACGUGUAGUUUGAAUUUGAAAUAUUCGUGGAAAUGAGCACUGGAGUUAUCUGCUAUUUUUUGAUUUGAGUACUAUAUUGCCCAGGACUGCUGUCUGAUAGGUAAGACUGGUAUUGAAAAAAUAAAAAUUACAAUAAUUAGCACCUAGUUUUGAUAAAAUCAUUCAACUAAUUUUUCUGAUCUCUAUAGCAAGAGUAAUGGGUAUUUAAUUUAAAUCUGGGAAUUAUAAUACUAUAAUUAUCACAGUGGAAAAAAAAAGGCAUGAUAAUAACCAGAUUAUAAAUUCAGUUUUUUAAUAUCUAAAACCUCUAGAUAUUUUUCAACAAAACAAACUACAAAUAAUCUAUAAAGGCGACUAAAAAUGAUGAUUUCAACUUCCAAAAAUCUACUGCAAUUUUCAGUAGUAUAGUGUCUACAACACAGAUGUAGUAAUUAUUUAGCUAAAAAGUUUUCAUAUUUUACAAUUUAUCUUGUUCUUACACUUAUUAAUAAGGUUAUUUUUUCUUUAUAUAAUUUAUAUAUUCUAAAAUGUACCAAUAAGUAUAUAAUAUACUCUAUAAAACACUAAUUUGACAUGUGGUACAUUGUUGUCAUAUUUCAAGGCAAUCAACAGUAGCCAUUUAGUUCAUUCAAUAAACAUAUGAAACGGUCAAAUUGAUAUCUGAAUUACAUAUAACAGGCGAGAAAAAAUAACAGAAUAGAUUUUUAUAUAAUGUCCUGUUUUAUAAGCUAUAUUUGUAUGCUAAGGAUAAUACAAGUUCUCUAGGAUUUUUAUCAUUCUUGCCAAAAUAUGUAUAUAAAUAUCCGCAUUAUCCACAUUAUUGAAAAUGCUGUAGGUAUAAUAAAAUAUUAUGUAAUUGAACUUUUAAAGGAUCUCUUCUCUAGUUACAAACAAUUACAUAUAUCCUAACUUGUAAGGAAUUUUAGUUGUUUUUUUUUAGGUUCUUUCCUUGCUUAAGGUGCACUUGCUUCUGUUCCUCAAGCAAAACAUUAAACACUAACACGUUAUUAUUCAACCAAAAUUUACUCAACAAUGAUUUUUUUAAUACAAUAGGUAUACGGGAAAACGAUUAAAGUAAAAAAAAUUCUCUGUUUCAAAAAAUCGCCGACGUCUUGAAAUAGAGGAAUUGGUUUUACUUUGUCCUCUUCCCGCAAACCUUCUACUGUAAUCUGUAUAAAACCCAUUAGGGCACAAACUAGCUCCACAAUUAUUUUUUCAAAAAAAUCGUUGCGGGCUAUUUUUAAAAUUGAUAGAAAAGAGAUAUCGAAGGGAAACGUUUCUACUGGAAAUGGUUAUUAAAAAUAAAUAUAUCUACAAGUAUCUCUAGAUUUUUUUCAUAAGAAAUUUGUUACUGUUUUCCAUUUUAGAUUAAGUUUAUAUUUUCAGUUUUCCAAUAAAUGAGGAAAUUCUGCGAAAAAAAUUUAUACAAAAAAGUAGCUGUAAUUUUAGUUUCUAGGACAAGUUAACAAAUAUUAUUUGGCAAAAAUUGACAACCAAAAAGAGAAAAAAAUAUUUUAAUCUCAAAGUUACACUUUGGCUCAUAGUUAGUAUUUUUGAUUUGAUUUGGAUGGGAUGAUCUUUUCCCUCUUUCCAAGUCCAAUUUUUAUCAACAAAUGAUCAACUGGCCUUGAUUUACAAAGCAUUUUUUUUAAAACAAUGCAUUUUAUUUCCAAUUACGAGACCAUACCGGCAAUAUUUCUGUGUGUGAAUAAACUAAGCAUUAAUCGAACUAGAACACCCCAAUUUUUGGUUACUUUUUGUAAGACUCAACUAUAAAUCAACAUCUAGCAGGCCGAUUUUGUUCAAAUUUUCAGGAGUGAGAGGCUGCUCUUAUUAUUGCUAUUUAAUUUCCAGUUAUUAACAGAUUUCCGUCCACCUGCUAAAAGAUACAGGGUGAAACAUGAGUUGGCGAAUUUCUUGCGAUAGUUGGGGUUCACCCCAUUCUGCUGGAGGGAGGGUUGAGUAGAUUUUUGGUAUUCAGUUUAUAAGAGUACCUGAGUAACUCAGGACGUUUUCGAGAUUUUUUGAAUAUCGCAGCCCACUAUACGAUUUUAUCAUGAGUUAUGCGAUUUUAUGUGAAAUAUAGCUUUUGACGUCGCCAUUAUUUCUUUUCAAAACAAACACUACAAUUAUGGCGCAUGUGAAAACACUCUGUAUAUUUUUGUAGGAUGUAAAUUGAUAGGAUUCAACCGAAGGUUGAAACUCAACCAUCGGUUCAGUGUUUUAUAAUACUGGCCAUUAGACAUAUACACGGUUCUACAAAAAUAUACAGCGUGUCUGUUUUUCUAACCAGAGGAAUCUCGGUUAUUAUAAAAUAUACGAGGUCGGUUGAAUUCGGGCAAAAUCGCGCCCUUAUUUUAUUGCCAAUAAAAUGGCGGUUUGAAAGGACAUCGCACACAUCUUAUGGGUUUUCGGGGACCGGUCGAUUUUUUUAAAAAUUUGGUAUGUUGUAGUACUAGGGAAAAUAAGUAUUUUUCAUCAUUGCUCAAAAUCUUUAACUAUACAGGGUGACCCAGUAAAGUAGGUUCGAAAAUCAUAAACCAAGCCUCUCUAUUAUCGGUAUUAGCGCGCCCUGCAAGCUAAAUAUCGAGAUUUUUGUUUUCGAUUUCGCAAAUAAAUAGUCAGAUAAGCCUAAUAUACUAUACAGGGUAGCUGAGCUUGCGUAUUUUUUAGAAAUCCUGCCUUAUUUUUAGAAAUAGUGUUACCAAAAAGGUCGCGCUGGAUUUUAUUUAGCUGUAACUUUUUUAAUUUUUGUCCGAUUUAAAAAAAUGUGGUAUCAAAAUAAAGCCCAUAUCACAGGGAUGUCAUGAAAUCUAAAAAAAUUGAAAAUGUGAUAAAAUUCGAGAUGGUUGAACGUGAUAAAAGUAUAACUUUUCAUUCGAUUAGGGUCUUGGAUACACCAAAUACACCUAAAUUAAGGAGCGGUUCCUCAAUUGCGAGUAACUCUAGGGGUUAACUAACCCGGUGUUAAUUUCAACCUUGCCAGGUUAACUGAGGAUUGUGUUUCUCAAGCAUCCACUGUAGGUGGAGUUAAUAAACACUGGGUUAAGCAAUAGUUGUUAGCAUUAUUGUUUACCAGAAUGGUGAUCCUAACAUAUUUUUGAUUGGUCGAAAGCAGUCACGCAUGGGUCGAUCGUCAAAUUAGCCCAUUCACAAAACUUUUUGGAGUUUGUUGUUAAGUUAAUGAUAAGUUCGAGUAUUCUUUUUGUCGCACCGUUUUUUCAUUACAAUUUGUUAGUUUUUGAAGAGCGUGGUUAAUGCAGUGUGUGUAGUCAAUAGUCAUGGAGAAGAAAGAUAUCGCAAGAGGAAAAAACUUCCUUGAAUUAGAAAAUAUAAUAAUAAUCAAGCUAUAAUAUAAGCGAAAUAUAGGGUGCACGAGGUCAGACAUGAACUUUUAAUCCUUUGUAGAGAAAUCCUAGUCAUCGUAUUUCUCGAGAGGAUUAAUCCUUUGGCGGAUUAUAUGAGGCGUUUUCCUACGAAAUUGUAGAAAUCUUCAUCUUCAUCAAUCAAUCCAUAUAUUUCUAUUUUCAAAAAAAAAAAUAUUACCACAAAAUUGACAAAUCACGGAAAUGACUCGCUAUUGAUAAACCGGCCCUAAUAUAAGUAACGUAUUUGAUGGAUACUUCACAUUGUUCUCAUGUCGAGCGUAGCUAAAGUACCCAACAACGCGAUAACUUUGCAUGUGUAGUAUGUGCCCAAUACUGGAUUCCCACCAUCCAGCCCAGGGGAGAGAACAAAAAUGAUACAAACAGAAAAUAUCUGCUUACUUAUCUUGUGUGAACCCCGAAAAUAUUUAGAUAUAUUCGGAAAGUUUUAGUUCAUGAAUACUCAACAGUGAGAAUAGAAAAAUUAAUAUAAUUUUCAUGUAAAUCGACUUAAGGCCCACCCCACCACCCCUAAGUUGGAGGUUUUCUCUUUGAAUCCUUUCAUGUAGGGCAUUUUCAAUAUUUUGCACUAGUCACAACAUUCUGUGUUAAACACAGAUUUCAAAUGUCCAUCCAACAUGUCUUUGUAAUCUUACGAGUAUUAUUUGCUUCCUCAGAUGUAAAUUAUUGACGAUGUCUGGCCAAAAAAGGCGAUAUUUCACACGAAUUCUAUGAGAUUUGUCAUUUUUUCAGAUUUCAUGACAUCCCUCUGUGAUGUAAGCUUUAUUUUGAGACCAGAUUUUCUAAAAUCAGACAAAAAUUGGAAAAGUUACAGGCAAAUUAAUUCCAGCCCGACCUUUUUCGUUACACUAUUACUAAGAAUAGUGCAGUAUUUCUAAAAGAAUACGUAAGGUUAGCCACCCUGUAUAAUAUAUUAGGCUUAUCUAGACUAUUUAUUUGAGAAAUAGAAAAAAAAAUCCCGAUAUGUAGCUUGCAAUGCGUGCCAACAUCAAUAAAUGAAAGGCUUGGCAAUGAUUUUCGGACCCACUUUACUGGGUCACCCUGUAUAAUUAGAGAUUUUGCGCAAUGAUGAAAAAUACUUAUUUUCACUAGGACUACAACAUACCAAAUUUUUAAAAAAAUCGACCCCGAAAACCCAUAAGAUGUGUGCGAUGUCCGAGGCGAUGUCCUUUGACAAAUUCCGAAUAAUUCCGGAGAAAUCCAAAAAAAAACGAAAUUUUGCAAAACUGUUUUUAUUUUUUCCUGAGUUUAGUUGAUGUUAUAUUGACAAACAAAUGCCACUUCAUCAUUGCCACUUUUAGCCAGAUUUCUUAAGGCCAGUAUUUCAAUGUUACCUUGAAGUCAAAACAUACCUUAGGUACCCUUAACGUUAAGGUCAACUUGAAAUCAGUUCAUUCAGGUGGCUUUAAGAACCACCUUGAAUUGAGGGAACUUUGAUACAUGGUGAAAAUUGUAUUGAGGAUGACUUAACGUUAUUCUGUACCUUUUAAAAUAACAUGGUAAUACUGGCCCUUAGAGAGCUAAUAAGCAAUAAAAAAAAAACAAUUAUAAGUAGGGAUAAUUGAAAUAAAAAAAAUAAAAAAAACAAAACACAUAUUAAUUGAAAUUUAACAAAAACAAGCAUAAGUUUAACAUGGACUUGACAAAAAGAUUAGUACUUAGUACGCCCACCCCGAUUUCUAAACACAUCCGUCACCCUUCUCGGCAUACUGUCUAUUAAAUCCGUUAUCAAGUUCUGGGGAAUAGCUUUCCACUCUUGCCCUACUGCAUCUACCAAUUUAUUUGAAUGUUCAAAACCAUUUAACCGUUCAGCCAGUCUUAAUUUCAUUCUACUUCAUGUAUGCUCAAUAGGAUUCAUGUCAGGCGACCUUGCAGGCCACUUCAUUCUUUCAAUAUUGUUGUUUCUAAGAUUUUCUGUAAAACUAUUUUGUUCGAUGUGGACGAGCAUUAUCAUCCACAAAGAAAAAAUCACUACUAAAGUUUUUUGCAUAUGGAACAAGAAUAUCUCUAACACACAAAUCACAGUACCGUUCUGCAUUCAUAAUUUCAUUGAAAUUACCAGUUGAAUCUUCCCAUUCCGAUUAAUCGACCCUCUUCCAAAUGUUCACGCCACCAUGGCACCACCAAAAGCCUAUCUUUCUUCCAUAAAUUCUUCUCUAUAUGUCUCGCCCGUGUCUCUCCAUAACAAUACACGCCUGACAUUCUGAUACAACGUGAAUCUACAUUCAUCCACAAAAAAACAUCUCUGCCAUUCAGCUACUCCCCAGUGUCUAUGAAUAUUAGCCCAGUUUAUUGGUGUUGUUCGAUGGACUACUAAUAAUGAACAUGCUGCUCGCCUUCUGGCUCAUUUCUCUCAUGGAGACGUCUUUGUAUUGUCGAUUUUGAGGCUUCAAUUCCUACCACUAUCCUUAUUUGUGAAGAAUUAAAAGGAUUCUGUUGUCAUCCCGGGGCAGAAGUAAUUCAUGGUUCAUGGUUCACCACCUGCAAUGACUAUAAGCAGCGGUGCCAGUGUUAAACCGCCAUUUCAUUGGCAAUAAAAUUGCACGACUUUGCCCCAAUUCAACCCACCUCGUAUCUUUUAGAAUACCCGGGAUCCCUCUGGUUAGAAAAAUAGACACACUGUAUAUUCUUGUAUGACCCUGUUUAAUAUAUUCUUAAUGUUUCCAUAUGUGACAUAUUUGCAGUGUUCGUUUCGAAAAGAAAUAAUGACGUCAAAAGCUAUUUUCCACAUAAAAUCGCAUAACUCAUGAUAAAAUCGUAGGGGGAUGCGAUAUUCAAAAAAUCUCAAAAACGUCCCGAAGUACUGGGGUACUCUUCUUAACCGAAUACCAAAAAUCUACUCAACCCUUCCUCCAGCAGAAUGGAGUGAACCCAAACUUUCGCAAAAAAUUCGCCAACUUAUGUUUCACUCUUUAUCUUUUUCACAAUUAAAUAGCAAUAAGAGCAGCCUCUCACUCCUGAAAAUUUGAACAAAAGCGGCCUGCUAGAAGACAGUGUAUCAAAGAGAAUAUAUGCCCAAUUCUCAGGAUUAAAAUAGCAAAAAAAUGUUAAUGUUGGCACAAUUUUAAAAGACAUAUUGAACAAACUAGUGGUUCGAGGAGGCAGAAAUUAAUUUAAGAACCAAUUUAUUAUCUAAUAAAGGUAAAUGUUACAAUAAAAAUAAAAUUGGAGGAGUUGGAUAUUCAAAUAAGAACACAGUAGCCGAUUAACUAUCCGAAAAUAGAUUAAAAUACAUACUGCCAAACAAAAAGGACUCCAAUUUUAGCCACAGUACCUUUAUCGGGUGAGAUUGCUUACCAAUCUUAGGCAUGAACAUCGAUUUUAAGUUUUAGGGAUGUAUAUUUGAUGUAUAUUAUUGAGGCAGAAUUUCAGCCUAAAAGCGAAUGCCUAUCACUUCCGGUUUGACCGGAAUUGCCAUCAACUUCUUUUUAUUUCAAAUAGAUCACCACCACCACCUAUAUUCUUAGACAUAGGUAUUUUAAUUCUAGGAGAAAUUUUAAGCAUAUUUUAUGUAUAAUAUCCUAUACCUAACUUCAACAGUUUUCGAGAAAAUCGCGACUAAAUAUGUCGAAAUUAGUAAUUUGUUUUACUAGGCACUAAAUCUGAUUUUCUGACGCAUAAAUCCUAGCUCUAUCAUUUUGUUUACAUAAUAUCAUUGUCAAUUUUAAUUACCAGUUCAAUUUGAAUUAUUACCAGGAACGUAGUUGUUCAAUGAACACUGCCAGAUUCAGAAACACUGAACACUAACCGAAAAAAAUCUGUGAAAGAACAAUUUAAUACCACAAUUUUGAAAUAAAAUACAAAGCAAUUUUAUAUUUGAAAUCUUGAAUCUCUGGUGGUCCUCGAGAGAAUUAUUUUAAACUAGUUUUAUAUUUUUUUAAAAAGUUUUUAUAUUGUUUGUGACCUUUUAUCGUGUACAAAUCUGUAGUAAAACAUUCAUUUUCCGGCGUGCUUGUUAAUGUCAAUGUGUAUUGGGUGUUUAGCAAUUUGAAAUUCGAAAGAAAAUGUGGGAAAAGUCACUGCUUCAUUUGCAGAAUUUCGCUAUGGAGAAGGCGGUGGAUUAUUUUGGAAGCAAAUAGCUUCCGCAAACUAAACUUGAACGUGGAUUACUUUGUAUACUUGAUAGUCCGUGGAUUUCCCUUUCUUUUGCGAGAAUCCUUUCUGAUUUUGUGUAUCCAAAUUUUGUUAAAUGUAGGAUUUGAUGGAAAGACAGUUCCGCCGGUGAAUAGGAAUUAUUUUUACGAAAAGGCACACUACACACAAUCAUCUUUGUUAGGAAAAAACCUUGAAAAACCCGAGGAAAUAAUAGUUUCCAGUUUCCACACGUAAGUCUUGUCCAUGGUCAACAAACCACUGUCAACAGCCAAUUAUUCAGGAGUACGAUGAAAUCUUGCAACAGCGUUUACGGAAGUUGUUAACAGUUUUUUCGUGGCGGCUGAGUUUUUUUGCAUCUCCGUGUAUCUGUUUGCUAUAUUCCUUUUGCCCGUUUGCUAUAUUCUGUUUGCCCAGUGGGGUAGGGCAAAAGAGUCCAGAGCAAUUAUGUAUUAAUUAUUGGAUACUUAAAAUAUUAACAAACAUGUAUUUAUGAAAAUUAAUAGGACAAUAGACCAAUCUAUUUUUACCUGUAUGCGCGCGCAACACGAGGCAAUGCAUUUUUAUUGGCUAACUAAUACAGGUGUGAAGUAAUCCUUUUGCACGCUGGGCAUCUCCUUGUUCUUGUUUAUUACCCGUGAUCUGACAAGGAUAAAAUUAUGCUUGAUAUUCAACUUGAUACAGCUUGACAAGUGAUUGAUUUUCAAUUAGGGAAUCCAAACCACGUGACUUUUGCCAACCAGCCGGCAUUUUGAAAUUUUUGUGAGGUUAGAAUACGGAUUGUUACAUGUCAACGAUGUCAGAAAAGUGUCAGAUUUGAGUACUCGCUCCGUGUAUUGAUACAGCCUCGUACUCAUAAUCGCGAAAUUCGCUCUUUUUUGACAUUGCUUCGACAAUUUGACGUUUGAUUCACGCAUAAAACGUCAAAUUGUCGAAGCAAUGUCAAAAAAGAGCGAAUUUCGCUGUUAUAGGUACUAGGCUUAAUCCUGCCAAAAAAAAACAUAUGUUUUUUGUUUAUUGUUUGCCAACCAGACGCCAUUUGGACAGGUCGUUGGAUUGCCUAAUUGUUUGUGUUUUUGAUUGACAAAUAGGUUGCACGUCACGCGGUUUUCCUCCUUCCUUUUUUAUCCCGUACAAAUAAUAGGAACGGAUUGCUAUACGUAAGUCUAACAUAAUUUGGUACGUUUUGCCUCGUCUUGCGCAAUAAGCGUUCUGCGUCUUUUUCUAUCUAGUAAAGUUUUCGUAUUAUUACCUCUUUGUCUGAUAAAAUAGAUAGGUCUAUUGGGAUAAAGGAACCUUACUUUAUGUCAAGCAGCAUUGAAAUCACUUCUAAAUUAUCAUAUUAUCUUCUGAUUACAUCUUAAUUUCUUAAGGUGACUCCUGUUGCCUGAGUCUCCGCUACUGAUGAUGGCGAAAGCCAAUAGCGCUCUACUGCCCUGAUUUUCAAUAGAUGUGAAUUUUGCAUGAAAUACAAAUUGUUUUUUUCUUCAUUCGGAUACAUGCACGCAGCCUCCUUUCCUUGGUAAAUUAUUUUUUGACAUUUUUUUAAUCGCGAUUUUCUCAGUAACUGUUAAAGGGGGCGUGACCCAAAAAUAAAAAUAAUUCUGCAAAAAAAUCUAAGAAAAAAUAUUCGAACCGCAUCUUGCUACGAUGGACCGUUUUCGAGUUAGGGCGGUUCAAAAUUACGAACCCCUAGGCUGUGACAUCACACCGGCUUCGUAGUCACAUUAUUAAGACGUGUAAGAAUUUUCCAAAUUCCUCACUGGAGCAAAUUGCAACCACUCCUCUAAGUAUAGGGACGGUUCACUGACGAAUGACCGAACAGAAUAAGGUUGCGAUUUCGGCGGUUAGCGGGUGUGACGUCAAAAGUUCCUGCAUAAUUUAUAUUCAUAGAGAUUUAAUCAUAGAUCACGAGAGAUUUUUUGUCACAUCGAGCCAUACAUUGAAAUUAAGUAUUUGAAGACACCUCCGGUCAAACCGGAAGUGACAGUCAAUUGUUUUUUUUUUGCUCAAUAGGUCUGUUUGUGCAGAAAUCACAAACCAGUCAGAGCGAAUUUCAUUAGUUAAAAACAGUCAGAAAACUAGUUUCAACCAAUGACAUAUUACCACAGAUAGACAUUACAGUAAACAAAAUAUUGUGUCGCUAACAUCUUAGGAGAGCAAUCCACCACCGGUGUAUCCCCUCCAAUUUGGUUGCCAACUUGUUAGGAAUUGAUAUUUUAUCCUGUUAUGACUUUGUACCAAAAAGUUGGAGGUUCAAGACUAAAACCGACUACUGGCAACGCCGGUUCUGUAAGACAGGCGGAACACACCUGCAGUCGAUUGGCAUGUCAACGCGCCCAUCAAACUUAUAUCAUAUGAGUUGUCAUCACAACAAACAUCAGUUUAUAGUUUAUGAAUGAGAUGUGGUGUCUAUAGUCCAACAAAUACCAUUUUAAAGUCACGUGAUUUUUCUCUAUCCUUGUUGAAUACACCUCAAACAUCGGUGAUAGUAAAAUUAACAAAAAAAUUGCUGUCUAAUCAUUGUUCAUAAUAUUCUUACCUGAAAUAGAAUCCGUCACUGUCAUCAAUUAGUUUGUCAAAGUUAUUUUCGAAAAUAAUACAACAAACAAACACAGCUAAUAAUUUUGACCAUAUUAACCUUUUUCCAACUCGAAAAAAAGCUAAUAGAAAACGGGUACCCAGUUUAAGUUCAGAAUGUAUUACAACAAACAGCGGAUGUGACAAAAAUGAGUCUCGCAACAAUUGCAAAUAUUAAAAUUGCCCUCUGAUGGGUCAAUACUACUUCAGAAACGCGUUUGUAAAAUGCUAGUGGGAACAUAUAUUAAAAUUCAAUAGUAAUUAACCACCAAUAGCUUUUUGUAGGUGAUAUCAACAACAUAAUCAAUGGACAUACGUUUUUUGCCACCAGUAUCACGUGACUUUAAAAUGGUAUUUGUCGGACUUUAUCUGUGUUAAGAUUUCAUGGUUUUCAACCAAUUAAAUUCAGUCUGACCUGACUGUUCUGACAGACAUAGUAUUAUUUCUAAUCGAUUUCCAAGCCUAAUUUCGGUAAGUUAUCUCGUGAUCACCCGGUAU